CAGACGCAUUCUAAACCACCAGAAAAAGAGCCUUCCCCCAGUGUAGUGGAAGGGAUACCGCCAUGUACAAAAGACCCACACCAACAGCUUCCUGCCAUUCCUAAUAAGAAGUCUGCACCGAGCAGGGAUAACAUCACCUUGUCAAAAUUCGUGGAGGAGAGAACAACAUCUAUUCCCGAAAUCCAGACCAUCCAGCCCCACAAGACCCUGAGCACACCAUCGGUCUGGAGGAGAUCCUCCUCUGCAAGAAGAAGCCAGGUUUUGGAUGCGCUACAGACGAUUGACUCCAACAGAGGAGCACCAAAAGACAAUCUCAUGGUUGUACACUCUUGGGCAGAUGUGGUGAGAUUAGGUACUAAAAAACCACAAGCACACGUUGUUACAAAACAUGGUCUUGAGAGAAGGAUAAUAAAAAAGCAGAAGAGAUUAACCCCCAAGGUCAAGAAGAAGCCUGCAAACCACUCACAGAAUCACUUUAGCACAAGCUUCGCAAACUCUCCCUGCACCCUAGUGAUUGGCAGAGCUCAUACUGAAAAAGUGACCGAGCCUGUAUGGCCCUGUAUGAUGCUGAACAACUUUGUUUUAAACCCUAAGAUGGAUAUGAAUGAGGAUUUAGCAGCAUUACCAGGCAUGUUUGAAACCCCCAUCAAAAAGAAAACUGCAAAUGUGUCUCCUGACAUUGGUAGAGAUUUACACAAUUCUUCAGGAGAUGAAGACUCUUUAGAACCAGAGAAACUGAUACGUACUAUUCCUAACACAGUGGAACAGCUAUAUGGCCAGAGCAUGAUAUGCUGCCCUGCAAAUGAAAUCAUUCAAACCCUAAAGAAGAUCCCUGAAAUUGGAAGUGGUGAAAUAACAAAGAUGCCACUUCAAGAAGUCGAGGUAGACCCCAAAAUAUUAACACCCAAUAUUUCACUUUUGAAAAACACUUGUACAUCAAAGGAAAAUAGAUCAACACCACAUCUUAGCAGAAUUAAAAAAACAGCAGCACUAGAUCAAAAAGUUACAUACGUGGAAGAAAAAUUUGAAAGUGGAAAUGUGGAAGAUCUGACCACCAGGAGACUGAUAAGAACGCCUAAGGAAAGGGAAGAACAUUUAAUAGAAGACGUGAAAGUUGUCAAGAAGUCUGGUAAAAAGAAAAAAUGUGAUCCAGAAUACUCAAUGAGUAUUGAGAAGUUAUAUGAAAUACCCAAAAUAGAACUAAUAGAAAACACACCAAGCAGCCUAGGGAAACUUAGAGGAGAACCCAAAAAAGUAGAAGAGCUUCCAGGUCAUAGGAAUAUGACAGUUCAUAAGGAAAAGGCAAAAGCAGGAGAAAACUUUUUUAGGAGGUUUUUAGGAGGUGUUAGGAGAGUUUUCAAAACAUCAAAAGUAAAACCAGAAGAUCUAAAGAGAUUCAAACUGAUGGAGAAUGCUAGACCUAAAACUGAUACUGAUGAAAAAACAAAAGUUAGUGAUUCAGUUAGUGAAAUAACAUCUCACACACAACGAAAUGAAAAGAAGGCACCAAAGGUCUUAAAAGAAAUGAAAUUGAAAAAAAGAAUUGAGAAUAAAGGAAUGAUGGUGUUUCGUUCUAGGAAUAAAAAGGAAAUAUUUCCUAGGCAGUCAGAUAUGACAUUCUGAAAUAGUGAAAAGGAACCUUUUAAGAAUUUUCCAGGUUUGUUAAAGAGUCAAAAGGCAAUACUGCACCCUAGAAACAGAAAUAAACCUAUGGAGCAAGUAAAUUUGAGUUUGAGUGAAAUCAAUGAGUUACACACAGAAAAUGAACAAAAAAGUAUCAAAAAUUUGCAGGGGAAGACCAUUGUGACUGAAGAUGGACUGGCUUCAAGAAAGAGAAGCAAGUUAAAUUUGAAAAAGAAGAUAUGCAUAGAGAGUAAGGAAAAGACACCACCUAAGAGUUUCACAGUUCAUGAAAAGGUGGAAUGUUUAACAUCUAGCAACAUACUUAAGUCUGCUAAGGAACCACAAGAGCCCAAUUUAGGUUUACCAACUGAACUAUGUAAGACAGAGAAUGAGGAGAAGAAACUUAAAGAUGCAAGUGCCAAUAUAGGGAUGAUGACUUCGAAAACCAGAGGCAAAAAUAAAGUAGAUACAUUGUCCAAGGAAACAAAGAAACUGCACAAGAGCUUCCCGGAGAAGUUUAUGUCAUCAAGAUCACAUAAAAAGGAAACAGAAACUCAAGAGAGGAUAUAUAUGGAGUGUCUAGGGAAGAGUCUCCUGGAGAAGAAAGGCAGUGAGAGUCCAUGUCACAGGUCUUGACCAUCUAGAAGUAGGGGCAUUAGAUUACUCCAUGCUGCCAGGGUGGCACCUGAAACAAAGGUAGAAGAGCCAAAGAAGCCUGCGAAAGUUCGUAAGACUGGAUUAAAGUCUAGUGGCAAAAAGAAAAAGAAUAGAGGCCUGAAAGGAUCUAAUGCUGUAUUAACAUCUAGGAACAUAGAAAAGGAUGGCAAAUGCACAGGUAUUUGCCCGGAUAUCUUUCAAAGUUCAUUGGUACCUCAAGGAAUUUUAUGUUUAACUAGAAACAGAAACAAACAACCUCAAGACAUUCAUCGGAUACCUAGUCUAAAAAAGAUCAUUGAAAAGCAGCUUCCAAGCCUGGAAAAUAAAGCCCAGGAUAGAGUGCAAGAAUCCUUUAGAAUUGGAAGCCGAAAUGGAACUGACAAAGAAAUCUAUAGUACUCCUUUGCUGAGGGCCAUGGAGAUAGCUUGCGCUGAGAACAAAAAUAGAGCUAUGACUGAACACCAGUUA